CCUUCUGACGUGGACGUCCAUAGGCCUUCGGCCAUCUCGUCACUUGUCAAGGAGAGAAUCCUUCUUGUUACUUGUAACAGCCGAUGCAAAACCCCUCACAUUCCAAACAUACACGCACUCUGUCUAGUCAUUUGCCCAAUCCUCACCAAAUUCACCUAUCUAACACAAUCCUUACCCUUUUUGUACGAUCUAUAUGCGCAAGUCUCAACCCCACAUACCCUUCGCGAUCGGAAUCUCCAUUCCGACAAACCGAUCUACUAG